AUGUCUAAAAUCGAUGAACAAUAGAUCAUCAAAAAUACUAAAAGUAUGCAGAAGAUGCAGGAAAUUGCAGAUCGCAUCUAUGCUACUACUGGUGAUUUAACCAAAACAAUUAGUUCUGAUAGCAUCUUGAAACCGUCUAAAUUGACAUAAGAGUAAUUAUUAAUACAGGCUAAGAAGAUGGAUAGUAUUUAAGAUAGUAAGUAGAAGAAGGGCAAAGGAUAAUAAUCUACUUCAGCCAAUAAAACAGAGUUGAACACAACUGAAUGGUUGAAUAAAUUAUAGGAAAUAUAGUAAUAACAUAAUGAAGAGAAGAAGAAACUUAGAGAGGAGCUUAUAGCAAGAUAUGUGCAAAGGGAAAUGGAAUUCAAAAAAACUAUCGAUGAAUUACAAUAAGAAUUGAGAUCUAGAACUGCCCUGGAUCAGACUGAUAAGAAAGUUAUGGAGAUGAUUUACAAAGAUCAUAGUAAAAUUAUUGAAGGAAUAAAUAAUAUUUAAUUGAGGACUUCUAAAAUUCUAGUAGACUAAGAAAGAGAUAUUAUAAGAUUCUUUAAUAAUAAAAUUAAUGAGAUAAAGAAAUAGUUUUAAGAGGAAAGAGAGAAGAAGGGCUAGAAUGAUAAAGAGUAUAUUUAGAAGGAGAAUCAAUUGAUUAGCGAAUUAGAGUGGAUUAAGAGGAUUGCUUAGAAAAUUGAUGAUGAAAAUCAUUAGCUGAUGUAGAAGUAUAAAGAAUUGAAAGUUGAGUAUUAAACUUAGGAAAGAGAUAGAGAAAUGUUGAUGAAAGAGUUGAUAAUCAAGAAGAAGGAAAAUGCCAUACUCAAAUCAUAAAUUUAAUAGUAUGAAAAAUUAUUGAAUGAUGUUCAAAAAGAGGAUGAAUAAGAAUCCUAUUAGGACUUAAUCUUGGAUAAAUCGGGGGUUAAAAAUCAAAAAACUGAUAAAUCUAAAUAGUCAUCCUAGCAAUAAGUAAGACUUCCCUAAAUAGCAAAUCCAUAAGCUUCAUAAAAUGUUGAUGAUGCUUCUAAAAACAAGUAUGACAUUUAAUUUUAAGAGAGUAGAUAUUAGAAUAUUAUUAAGACAUAUCAAGACACUUUGAAGAAGGAAUAGAAAAGGCUGAGGGAUAUCAAAUAACUUUAUACAAAAGAAUUGUCAGCAAAAACAGAAUUAUAUAAUAUUUUGAGGCAGUGUAUUGAAGAUAUUAAAGAAGAGAUAAUUUAAGUGAGGAGUGAUGAGAGGACUUUGAAGAAAAAUAAAAACCUAAGUAAUGAAGAGGUGAAAAUGGAGAAGGAAGAUAGAGAGAAGCUGAUUGAGAAUUUAUUGAAACAUGAAAGAGUCAUAGAAGUUAUCAGCGAUAAGAUAUUUUAUAACAAGAAAAACUAUGAUGAGACUCUUUUGCAAUAGCAAUAGGAAGAGACGAAUUACAAUGAUGAAUAAUAUUGA